AUGGUUCAAGCUGCUUCGUCCAAGAAGGUUAGCCGACCUCCCGCCAAGGCUUCUUCUAGAGCUUCGAAGCCGGGCUCUCGCAGCACCAAGUCAUCUCGGCUGCCUAGCCAAGUCUCAGAGGUUUCUGCUCAAGAUGCCCCUGCCUCUGUGAGGACUGGAUCUGAGGGCGUUCUACCAAAGACUAGGGAUAAACGCCCAGCCCCAUCCGAAACAUCUGCUUCAUCUCCAGCUCGGAAGAAAUCCAGGGCUGCCACAGGACCUUCUCCAGCUCUUCCUCCCCUUGGGAAAAAGAAAGGUGUUCCUGCUGUGCCUUCAUUGUCUCCUUCCGGCAACGUUCUGAAUGCGUCGGACAUUACCCCCGAGUCUCCGGCCAGUGCUGUCGCCGAACUACUCAGGGAGCGGAUGUUCGAUGGAAUUACAGAGGCUUCAGAUCCUCGUCUUCUUGCCCUGACUGGUCUUUUAGCCAGUUCUACCAAGGAGCAAGUGUCCUUCCGAUCUCGCUCUCAUGAGGAGCUUGGAUCUUCAAUUAGAGAAAUGCUCCUAAUGGAGUCUGUAGACCGCCGGAUCGAGGAGGCGCGUCUGGAAGAGAACUUAUCUGCAACCAGUGACGCCAGGAGUAAUCUGGUAGCUGCUCGAGAGCAAAUCCAGUCCCUCCAAGUGAAGCUGCAUUCAGCGCUAGAGGCCCUUAAAAAGGCUGAUGAGAAGGCGGCUGAGACAGCAGGGCAUACCAAGUCCUUAGAAGCAGAGCUGUCUCAGACUCGCGAGGUUCUCAAAGUGUCUGAUGAGAGGGCAGCUGCCUUGGAGGUUCGCUGCGAAGGAGUUUUAAAGCAGCUGUCUUCUAUGACAGAGGCCCUUAGCGAAAGGGAUGAGGCCGUGAGGCAAAAAGCUGAGGUCCAGCAACAAUAUGGGGCCUUAAAGGCUGAUUUUGAAGAGCUUCAAGCUCAGCUGGAGGAAGCGAAGGCUCAGAAGGAAGCAGCCCUAGCUCGGGUGGAGGAAUUUGUAGCUGAGGCCUGCGAGGAACAUCUCGAUGAAUAUAAGGCUUCUAGUGAAAUGAAAUCGGCGGUUCUUAAGAAAGCCUUCUAUUGCCGGAGGGACAUAUGCCGGCCAUCUGAGUCUUCUUCGGAAGAGUCUGAGCUGGAGAGGGAGGACGUGGAAGUCCCUGAGUCAGGGAAGGAUGACCCUAACUCUGGGAAGGAAGAUCUCCAUCUUGAGUCAGAGAUAGCUCCUGUUGUAAACGUUGAGGGCUCUGAUCCAAGGGAUUCUGAGCUUCCUGAGCUUCCUGCAGAUGAGACUGCAAGUAGAAAUAGUGUAGGCGAGGGUGUUCUUACUGAUGUUUCUUCGUUUAUGAGCCUUUGGAAAGAGGGAGCCCGGCCUUUUGUUUUGGCCUUCAUACCUUGGGCUUUUGAGAAGGCAAGUUUAUCCGAGCUGGGAGCUUGA